UCACAACAUUACUAUCAUAUAUAUCUCGAAACUAAAAAAUAAAUAAAUAUAAAACACCAACGUUCACUUCCCCUCUGCUUACUCAAACACAUGCGCCGCUUUUGUGUUUUGUCGCCGCCAACCUCUUUCUCGGGCUUCAUUCUGCGCAGUUAUUGAUUACCGUGAGGAUCUAUAUUAUGGAGGAUGGGUGCAAAGAAUAAGCUGAAUUUGUAGAUGGGUCACAUGUCCCCAGUCAAACUAUCUGCUAAGACUGAUUAAGUCGGCCAAUAUUUUGAAGCUGGUCAAAAUGUCGACAGAAUAUUUCAUGGGAAUGUUCUGAACAGAAAAGUACAAAAGCAUCUAUCAACCAGAGGAUAUGUUGAAUGAAGGAAUUGAACCUUUCAGGGGUGCACAGGAUGUUUCUGUUGACGUACUGGAAUUUUCACGAAGCAGGGACAUCAGGGUGGAGGCAAAAGAAGACCCUGAUGCCACUGAAAAUUCAAGCUCAUUUGCCAACACAACUUCUGGAAAUGAAAAUAUUUCUGGAUUAAGUGAUGCUGAAGUUGAAUCUCAGUUUUUCGGUGAUAAUGAUUUGGCCCCUCCAUUUGAUGGAUUUGGCAGCGUAUUUCCAAUAAGAAAGAAAAAAUUGACUACUCACUGGAGAAACUUCAUACAUCCUCUGAUGUGGCGAUGCAAAUGGACAGAAUUAAGAAUAAAGGAAUUAGAGUCACAAGCAUCAAAAUAUGCCAAAGAGAUUGCAGUAAAUGACCGCAGGAAAAAUACGGUAUUUAACCAAAUAACAGCGGAACAAUCUGGCUCGAAGACGCUGCCAUUUAUACAUCAAAGUCAGAGGAAAAGGCCCAUGAAGAGGAGGAGAAGAAAGAGAGUUGAAGAUACAACUGAUGUUGCUUCAUAUAUCGCAAAUCAUAUUCUCUUCUCUGAACGUGAAAAUAAGAGAUCUGAUCUAGAUGGAGUUCCUACAUGGGAUAACCUUGGCAAUUCAGAUCAACAUACGACUAGCCAUGAUGAGUUUGGAGUUCAUGACGAGACUGUAUUUCCUGAAGACAACGAUAAUUUCCUAGAGCACAUCCUUCGCAAAAUUGAGUUGGUACACAAUCGGGUUCAUAAGUUGAAAGCUCAACUUGAUGACGUAAUGAUAAAGAAUGCUGGGAAGUUUUCUUCCUCCGAGAACUUGAGCCAACUUGUGGCUGGCGACGUACAGACCAGCUCUGUGCGUAGCCCUACAUUCUCUGCAUGUAAUGGAGACACAGUCUCGGUUGGAGGCCUGUUCACCCCAUCUCAGCAUAUAUCAGACUACGAUCUCGGUGAUUUCAUAAUGCCCGACAGUGCAGUUUCCAGCUUCGGAGAGGCUAUUCCCAUCCCUGAUAUCAUUGAAAGUACAGUUGGGCUACUUUCCUCCAUUGACGUCACACAGCAUCAGGCCCAAGUCGGAGAUUCAUCUGAAAAGAUUGUGGACAAUAUACUUAUACAUAACGAGGCAGCAGAAAUAGAGGGGUCGACUUUCAAGUACAGCCAUAAUCAAUCCGCUGAGAAGACUCAGGAAGCAGAAAAUAGUGGAGAAGAAGAGAGCAAUAAAGCUGUCAUUUUAGCAUUAGAACCUGACACGGCUGCAAAGUCCUUUGCAACUCCAGAGCAGUCAACUCUGAAAUCAUGCCUAGCCUCCGAGAUUCACUUUCCUAAAAAUAAAAGAAAGCGAGGAGAGCGUAAAGCUGGUUCUGGCAAUUGGAGCCGCCAACGGCCUGGUGAACCUGACAGCUGAUCACUUCAACUGCUACUCCUAACUAAGGAACCAACAGAUUCAGUUUCCUUAAUUUGCUACCCAUGAAGUUGAAAAUUCAUGUUGUACAGAGCAGCCAAGAACUGGUCAAACUAGCUGCCUUAAAGGUUAAAAUACUGCUACUCUCAACUGCAUGUCAAUGUAUUUUG